AUGAGAGAGAGAGAGGAGAGAGACAGCCCAGGCCGGCCUGCUUCCCCGCAGCCUUUUGGCCCAAGGCCCAGCUCCGGCGCCCUUACCCAAGCCUCCCUUCUCUCGAUUCCAUCUCCCUCCAGCGCCGCCAGGACCCCGAUCCCCUCGCCCUCCUGCUCGAUCCCCAACUCCCCUCUCGAUCCCGCGCGCCUCCCCCUCCUGCUGCCGGCUCCACCACCAGAUCAGGCCGGCCUCCACCGCCCUUGCCCGUCCCCAGCCGGACCUCUCCAGCAGGGCCUCGUCCCCACCUCCGGCGCGCCAAGCUCGCUGCCUCCCUGCCAUGGCCGCGUGGCGCCCGACCUCCUCCUCGCCGCCCUUGGUGCCGCGCCACCGGACCUCCCUGUCACCCUCGUCGACGACCAGCGCUGCCCCUGUAGCCUCCCCUCCUCCGCGUCGUCGCCUCCCCAUGGCGUCGUGCCCGGCCUCCCGCACCACUACCAUCUCCAGCCGCGGCCGGCUUGCUCCGCUCCGCUCCGCCGCCCUUGCUCCGUCCAGCAAGCGCGCCGCCACUGCCCUCCUCUGCUCCGCCUCUGUUGCGCCAAGGCACCCCGGCCAUCUCCUGCUCCUCGCUGGCCUUCGCUGUGCGCGCCGCCGCUUCCCUGCUUCAGGCCAAGGCCGACGCCGGCCACUUCUUCUAGCCGCGGCUCGGCCACGCACCAACAACCAGCAGCUCAAGCUGCCUCCAUGCUUCUCCGGUGA